GUUUUGAAGUCGGAGCUUAUACUUCGAGCUCCCUCCGUGUUGCAUUUUCCUCCACGGUGUCACCAUCUCCGUUGCGGCAACGGUCUUCCCCGGCCGCUUGGAAAGCAUCAGUGACCCGGAUCCCCACCAUCUCUGAACAAUCUAAUACAAUUGAAGUCGGGCGAAAAUGAAUCCCUACAUCAGCUGGGCCCUUGUGCUGGUCGUUGCCGGCAGUUUGGGCUGGUACUAUACCAAUGUCCCCCAUCCAAAGGCCAAAACAGCCGCGAAAACCCUGACUGAGAAGGUCGAGAGCGUACAGGAGACCAAGAAGCCGAAGCGCAAAGCAAAGAAGACAUCGUCUGCCCCUCCCGCCCCGGCCGCCAAGCCAAAGGAAAAGCCGUCGGUAAAGGCGACGGCGCCUGUUGCUGAGAAGGUGGAGGAAGAUGACAACAAGGAAUUCGCGAGACAGCUUGCUGCCGCGAGGGAGGGUGUUACCCCAGCCUCCAAAGGCAAGGCUUCUGGCAAGGAGAAACCGGCGAAGGAGCCCGUUGUCAACCACCUCGAGAGUGGAAGCAGCGAGGUCUCGGGAUCUCGAGGCUCUACUCGUGCUUCAUCCACCACCGGUGCUGACGCCGAUGAUGAUCUCUCUCCGGCUGGGUCGCCCAAAGUCCCGGCUGCGGGAGGGGUAUCUGACAUGCUGGAACCACCUGCGCCUAGCGCCUCUGUCCUGAGACUUACAGGCUCUCUUGAGAGCGCACCUAAGAAACAGAAGCAACAGGCAUUCAAGCCUGUGGAGACGAAGAAACAACGCCAGCAGAGGCUGAAGAAUGAAGAAAGAAAGCGCCAAACUCAGGAAGCGGAACAGGAGAGGCGCAAGCUGCUGGAGAAGCAACUGCACACCGCGCGGGAGGCUGAACGUCGCGAGGCUGCGAGGUCCAAGAAGCCAGCUCCAGUUAACGCCUGGAAUACCAACGCCGCUUCAACUGCGACUAACGGUGCUUCGAAGCCAGCUCCUAUCCAGGAUCCGGGUCUCCUCGAUACCUUCGAGGUUAAGACACCCACGGCAUCUACUGCCGCCCCAUCUGCCUCCAACGACUCGAAGCAGGGGAAAUGGGCCCAGGAAUUGCCUUCAGAAGAGGAGCAGAUGCGCAUCCUUGGCGUUAGCGGCAGCGAUGACUGGACGACCGUUUCAUCUGGAAAGAAGGGAAAGAAGAAGGCAGACAAGGCCGAUGAAGGUGUCAGUGAUGCCAGUGUGCCUGAAACCCCUGCGCCCAGCAGCUUUGUUGAGCCCAAGCUCCCAAAGGUCGAGAAGACCUACCUUCCGGAGAGCUUCCGUACUGGUAAAAAGAACCACCCUCUCGACUCCGACUGGGCUGCUUGAGUGCCCUGACCGGUCUGCGAUGCUGGUCUUCUGUAUCAUGGCCACCGGUGGUCUGUUAUCAACACCUUAAUCGCGCUGUAUUAUCUACUCUCAUGGCUUUGGCGUUCAGGAUGUUGUACCAAAAAGCCCAUUGGGCGGGAUAUUAUGUGACCCCCUUUAUUGUAUUGGGAAGCACAUCCUCGCUGAGUCCUAAGUCGCUGAUACCGUUCUUUG